CAGAGCUGUGGUGGUGUCUUGUCAGGAAUACCUCGGUGUCACCUACAUAACUGUCAGUGAAGAUUCCAAUCCUCGAAUGAUCAUCCACAACAGAUGCACCGUUGCAAUCAUGAUGAAAGAAAAUCUGAAAGAUGCCCCAAAAUGUGCAGUUUAUUGUCGAAAAAUUCCCGCUGAGUGUUCAGUGCACCAUGAACUUUAUCAUCAAGUUUGGAGCUUCCCCGAAUGCAAAACUGAAGACCACCUUCCCAGCAUCCACCUCAGAAUGGUAUCCCCAUCUGAGCUGUCUGAGGAUUGGAGCGAUGUCAUUGAUCUGAAUAGUCCUGGGACUCAGGUGGUGUUUCUGCCCGGUUACGGCUGUGUGUAUGUGGAUAUCAGUCAUCUUUCCAGCACUAUAACUGUGACCAUGGUUCCAGAGGGUAGAGCUGGCCCUGUCCUAACCAGCCUUUAUGGGACACCGAAACAAGCCAUUGCAAUGAGAGUGCUGAUUACUCAAGCGAGUCUGACGAUAAACGACGAUGUGACCAAUCAUCGUAAAUCGUCGGAAUUGCUGAGGCUGACACUGGACAAUGUUCUGUUGAAUCUCUCACCAGUGGUGAACCAUGCCAGGGCACCAUCGCGGGACUUCCGAGCUGAGCCCACUGUUGGAAUUGCAGAACUUUAUAUGCUCGAGGUGUGCAUGGGGGACUUGCAGAUCGACAACCAACUUUACCACCAGACCAGCUUUCACUUCCCUGCUCUGCUUUGCCAGGAGCUGAAACCAGAAAGACCACAAUGGAGAAAUGGCUCCCAUUCGACUCUCUCGGCCAGGGACCUUGAUGAGUACAAACGCAAUUGUUUCUUAACAGCCUGCAUCCUUUUGAGAGAGCAGAAUUUUGCCUUCACCAUGAAUGAACUAGACUUUGAAUUGAAGCCUGCAAGACUCUAUGUGGAAGACACGUUUGUAUAUUACAUCAAGACUCUGUUUAGUACCUAUAUCCCAGACGGUGGUCUAUAUCAAAAACAAGUGAGAACAACUUCCUGCUCAGCAGCUGACCUGCCUGUGCCAGAGCAAGUAGUCAUUGCCACUCAAGCACUAGUGAACCCCAUCAAAUUGCAGCGGUUGACCAUCCAUCCCAUCAGUUUGCUCGUCAGUGUCCACGCCUCAAUAAAAUUAUACAUCGCCUCGGAUCAUGCUCCUCUUUCAUUCUCUCUCUUUGAGCGAGGGCCUAUCUACACCACUCCCAGGCAGCUUAUCCAUGCACUUGCCAUGCACUAUGCUGCAGGAGCAUUAUUCCGAGCAGGUUGGGUUGUCGGCUCUCUGGAAAUUCUUGGAAGUCCUGCUAAUUUGGUGCGAAGUAUUGGUAAUGGGAUAGCAGACUUCUUCAGACUCCCAUAUGAGGGACUGACCCGUGGUCCAGGCGCUUUUGUCAGUGGAGUCUCCAGGGGAACAACUUCAUUUGUCAAACAUAUUUCAAAAGGUACCCUGACGUCGAUCACUAAUCUGGCUACGAGUUUAGCUCGGAACAUGGAUCGACUCUCUCUAGAUGAAGAGCACUAUAAUCGACAGGAGGAAUGGCGAAGGCAACUUCCAGACAGCCUGGGGGAAGGUCUGCGGCAGGGAUUGUCCCGGCUCGGACUCAGUCUGCUUGGUGCCAUUGCUGGUAUUGUGGAUCAGCCGAUGCAGAAUUUCCAGAAGACGGUAGAGGUUUCAGCUGGGCGCAAAGCCAAAGAUGUCAUCUCUGGUGUGGGUAAAGGCAUCGUGGGAGUUUUUACCAAGCCAAUUGGAGGGGCAGCUGAGUUGGUCUCACAAACUGGUUAUGGCAUUUUACACGGGGCUGGACUUUCUCAACUUCCCAAGCAGAGGUUUCACCCCACUGAGCAACAGACUGACCAGGCCCCAAACAGCCACAUCAAAUAUGUCUG